CCUGAAACUAGACUUUCCACCUUGUUCUGCGGUUUGGUGCAAUGCGAACAGUGUUAGAUAGUAAAGGCAGGAACCUCCCACUCCUCCUAUUGCUAUAACAACCACAAGUCGACCGGUGUGACUCGAUGGCACAACGGCUCCACGGCCGGCUGCCAUCCUCCGACCUCCAGCUCUCAGCAUCGCCGCUCAGCACUGACUGGUCCCCGCCCCGACAGCAGCAGGAAGAGGCGGAGGAGGAGGAAAGCUUGCAUGUGUUGCCCCGUUCGGUGAUGUGAUCAGCGGGGAGGCUCUGGCUCAGGAUCCGCUACGUCAGACAGAUUACUCAAAUAACCUCUCGGGGUAGGACAUACCCGCCAUCCCCCCAUGGGCUUGCCUUGCAUGGACGAGUGUGGUGAUCCUCCAGCAGCGUCUCCUCAUCUCUUCUCCUCCACCCUCCCUUCUUUCCUUUCCCACCAACCCCGGUGCGAAAUGGCGAAAGAAAACGGCGAGUCCAGCGACGGGUCUUGGAAAAAGCACGUAGAUGACAUCAAGAGCAGCUUUGACUUCAAGGAAGUCCUCGGAACCGGUGCGUUUUCUGAGGUGGUGAUGGCUCGGGAGAAGGCCACGGGAAAGAUGGUGGCGAUCAAGUGCAUCCCCAAGAAGGCGCUCAAGGGAAAGGAGACGAGCAUCGAGAACGAGAUCGCCGUGCUUAGGAAGAUAAAACAUGAGAAUAUUGUGGCUCUGGAGGACAUCUACGAGAGCUCCAAUCACUUGUACCUCAUAAUGCAGCUGGUGUCUGGUGGGGAGCUGUUUGACCGGAUUGUAGAAAAGGGCUUCUACACAGAAAUGGAUGCCAGUCGGCUAAUUCGGCAGGUUUUGGAUGCUGUCAACUAUCUCCACUCCAUGGGCAUAGUGCACAGGGACCUGAAGCCAGAGAACCUGCUGUACUUUAGUCCUCAUGAUGAUUCAAAGAUCAUGAUCAGUGACUUUGGCUUGUCAAAGAUGGAAGGCACAGGUGGCGUCAUGGCCACAGCCUGCGGGACCCCUGGAUAUGUCGCUCCUGAGGUUUUGGCGCAGAAGCCCUACAGUAAAGCAGUGGACUGCUGGUCCAUUGGGGUCAUUGCUUAUAUUCUGCUUUGUGGCUACCCUCCAUUCUACGACGAGAAUGACUCGAAGCUCUUUGAGCAGAUUCUCAAGGCAGACUAUGAGUUUGACGCACCAUAUUGGGAUGACAUCUCAGACUCUGCCAAAGACUUCAUCAGCAGCUUAAUGGAGAAGGACCCUGAGAAGAGAUUCACAUGCGACCAGGCUCUUGAGCACCCCUGGAUUGCUGGAGACACGGCUCUGUGCAAGAACAUACAUGAAUCCGUCAGUCGCCAGAUGCGCAAAAACUUUGCCAAAAGCAAAUGGAGGCAAGCGUUCAAUGCGACGGCUGUGAUCCGCCACAUGAGGCGCCUGCAGCUCGGCACCAGCUUUGGGAGCAGCACCAACUCUGCACCGGACCCUCAGAGCCGAGCUCCGGCCAAAAGCCAGUCUGUGGACUGUGCCCCGCUCUCCCUGAAGGACUGUCCUCCUAUAGCUCCUCUUCCAUCUGUUGUUAAAGUGCACAACCGGGACUCUGACAUUCCUGUACCCCUAGAGGAGCCCCAGGUGGUGGCUGAACCCGCUCGGCCUCGCCCCUCCACUGUCACGGUCAUCCACACUGGGACUAAAUGACGCCAGGUUCCGCGGGAGGUGAGCUGGGAGACCACCGAGCUUUGAGACCACAGUUUUGGGUCUCAUGAUGCGACAUGGUUGCCCAGUUUGCCUAUCCCGCUGCCUCCCAUCUGUUCAUGCCAAACCCGGGGGAGGAAUUUGAGGAGUGCUGGCUUGGCCACAUUUAGCACGGCCGGGCGCGACACCCAAUGCUUCCCUUCACAUCAUCACGCAGACCUGGAAGUUCAGAGGGGGAAGGGAAGACUGACCUGAAGCUGCGGUUGUGUGCAGACGGCGGCUUGUCUGGAAGGCCAACAGGCGGCUGCUGUGGGAGUCGCAGGACUAAACUGAACUCUCUCUUAGAGCUGCUGCCUGUCUUGAUUGUGAAAGGUUGUUCCCUUGUAUGCCUUGUGUAAAUAUCCUGCCUGGAACCGUUCUGUAGAGUCAUGUUAUGCAGGUGAAAUGCAAGCUUCAAGCCGUGGUUAAUACUUGUGCCAUCAACUGCACUUUGAACUUCCUGUUGUUCGGGCGGCUCCUGUCCAAGCCGCUGAGGUGUUUGCUGUGAUGGCUCACAGCAUCAUAACUUCCAACAGUAUGGCUGUCAGUGUUGCGUGUUUGCUUUUUUUUUCUGGUAUGGUUACAAUCAGAGCACGACAAUGUGCAUUGGUCAUGGCUGUGAUCGCAAAUGUUUGAUUAUCUAUUGGAAUAUUUAUUUUCUUAUAAUAUAUAACUUUUUGUAAGAAUAUAAUUUGCUGAGAUGUGUACAUGUUUAUUAAAACUGGACUUGCAGUUAGUUGCCACAUAAGUACAGUAUCUAAUAGAUGUGACUUUGUAAUUGCUGUUUUAUUUAAUGAGUUUUGAUGUAACUGUAAAGUCCUCCUUUAUCCACAGGAGGGCGCUUUAUGAGUUCUCAGGGAUCUGCAGGGAUGUGUGCUAGAAUCUAACCAAACGCCUCUGUGUGAUCAAUCACAGCUGACUCAUCCAACCUAUCAAAAAGAUUUAAAAAACCCAUCCAAGUACAGCUUUUUAUCCCCAUGUUCCACAGGGAUAGAUGUUUACAUCCUGACACUAUGUUUCUUCUUGGUAAACCUUGAAAAUGACAACCCAUGUGUCCAUUUCUGACUGCAAAGAUAUACGGAUGUGAAGGUAUCCUGGUAAAUUUUGCUCCCGCUGCAGAGUCAGAUGAGUGUACAGUGGUGCAGUUAAAGUAUCGUGCUCUGCUUCCGCUCCUGAAGUGGCUGCUCUGAGAACAGCUCAGCCACUCUGUGUUUAAUCACUGUGUUUUCAUACCAGCCUGUUGAAUUUAGCAGAAAGACUCUUGUCCUUUUCCCCCCCUUCUGCUCUGUUGCUCUCUAAAGACUGGCUUUCACGGAGAAGAGAAGGGGUCCAUCUUUGUAUUUUCUCUGUGCUUUCUCUACUUUAAUCACUCAACAUGAAUGUUGAAUUUUAAAAAAAAAUCUGGAAAAGAAACAAGUGCAUGGCCAGUAUCUAAGGUUUUACCACCUUUUAACCAUCAAUAAAUAUGGUUAAUAUGAAAGAUUUUGGAUAUCUACUUACUGUAAAUACAAAAACUACAACAUUCAA